ACCGCUUAGAACCCAGCCCGCCGCGCCGGCCCGGUGGCUCGGGUAGCGCCGCCUGCGAGCGGAAGGCUGGAGAGCGGCGCAGCGGUGCGCGCUUAGCCGCCUCGUCGCUGCUCUUACUCCCCCGGGUGCCGGGAUCGAACCCGCGCUCUUCCCCGCAGCGGCGCCUCAGCCCUUUGAAAUCUGUCUUGGGACGGGAUCUGCCGUAAUUGUCUAGGCUGGCUUUGAAUUUGCAAUCCUCCUGCCUCAGCCUCCGAGAAGCCGGGAUUAUAGAGUUGGGAAGUCUCAGCACCCUGUUUUCCUCCUGCAGCCGGAGCCUCCUGGGCUGUGAGACCUCACAGCGAGUGCAGCUCGGGUUACAGGCUCGGUUACCAGCACACCCGCAGGCUUGGGCGAGUGAGGUGGAUCCAGUGAUGCUGCCCACACCCUCUCAGCAAAGUGGGAGGUGGCGGUUCAGUGUGUUUUAAAAACUCCGAAGAUUAGCGGCUGCCACCCUGUGUCUUCUCACCUUUUAACAAAGCAUAAAUGGGGUAUUUGAGAAGAAAGCUACAUUAAAAGAAGAGUUACAAAUGGCUUCAGAAUCGGUGACUUGCGGGAAAUCAGCUCGGAAUCACUUCCCGAAGGGGAAAAGGCAGCAGCCGCAGCCAGUGAAGAGCAGGUCUUCAGUGAGCGACUGUGACGGGGAGGACGCCUUCACCUUUGAGGCUAAUGAAGCCUGGAAGGAUUUCCACAACUCUCUCCUGCGCUUCUACGAAAAUGGAGAGCUCUGUGACGUCACACUAAAGGUUGGCUCAAAGCUCAUCUCCUGUCACAAGCUGGCCCUGGCUUGUGUUAUUCCCUACUUCAGAGCCAUGUUUCUCUCUGAAAUGGCAGAAGCCAAGCAGACACUGAUUGAGAUCAGAGAUUUUGAUGGCGACGCGAUGGAGGACCUGGUGAAAUUCGUCUACUCCUCGCGGCUCACACUGACCGUGGACAACGUCCAGCCUCUCUUAUAUGCGGCCUGCAUCCUGCAGGUGGAACUGGUGGCCAGAGCCUGCUGUGAGUACAUGAAGCUGCAUUUCCACCCCUCCAACUGCCUAGCAGUGCGGGCCUUUGCGGAAAGCCACAACCGGACGGACCUCAUGGACAUGGCCGACCAGUACGCCUGCGAACACUUCACCGAGGUCGUGGAGUGCGAGGACUUCGUGAGUGUGUCGCCCCAGCACCUGCACAAGCUUCUAUCCUCCAGCGAUCUGCACAUUGAGAACGAAAAGCAGGUCUACAGCGCAGCCAUCAAGUGGCUUCUCGCCAACCCCCAGCAUCACUCCAAGUGGCUGGACGAAACCCUGGCGCAGGUUCGUCUGCCAUUAUUGCCGGUUGAUUUUCUUAUGGGUGUAGUGGCGAAAGAACAGAUUGUCAAGCAAAAUCUAAAAUGUAGAGAUUUAUUGGAUGAAGCAAGAAAUUAUCACCUUCAUCUGAGUAGCAGAGCCAUACCUGACUUUGAAUACUCCAUUCGGACUACCCCAAGGAAGCACACUGCAGGCGUGCUGUUCUGCGUCGGGGGUCGAGGUGGAUCUGGCGACCCCUUUCGCAGUAUUGAGUGCUAUUCCAUCAACACAAACAGCUGGUUCUUUGGACCCGAGAUGAACAGCCGGAGGCGACAUGUGGGUGUGAUCUCUGUGGAAGGUAAAGUGUAUGCAGUGGGGGGACACGACGGGAACGAACACCUGGGCAGCAUGGAGAUGUUUGACCCUCUCACCAAUAAGUGGAUGAUGAAGGCCUCGAUGAACACGAAGAGGCGAGGAAUUGCCCUGGCCUCCUUGGGAGGCCCAAUAUAUGCCAUCGGAGGGUUGGACGACAACACUUGCUUCAAUGACGUGGAGCGGUACGACAUCGAAUCCAACCAGUGGAGUGUGGUGGCCCCGAUGAACACUCCCCGCGGCGGCGUCGGCUCCGUGGCUCUUGUGAGCCAUGUUUAUGCGGUUGGUGGCAAUGACGGCGUGGCCUCUUUGUCUAGUGUGGAGAGGUACGACCCACAUCUGGACAAGUGGAUAGAAGUGAAAGACAUGGGCCAGCGACGAGCAGGCAAUGGAGUCAGCGAGCUUCAUGGCUGCUUAUAUGUUGUUGGUGGCUUUGACGACAACUCCCCUCUGAGCUCGGUGGAGCGGUACGACCCUCGAAGCAAUAAGUGGGAUUAUGUGGCCUCGCUCACCACGCCCAGGGGCGGGGUGGGGAUCGCCUCGGUCAUGGGCAAAAUCUUCGCGGUCGGCGGUCACAACGGCAACACGUACUUAAACACGGUGGAAGCCUUCGAUCCGGUGCUGAACAGGUGGGAGCUCGUGGGCUCUGUGUCUCACUGCAGAGCUGGUGCGGGCGUCGCUGUGUGCGCCUGUCUCACAAGCCAGAUUCGGGACGUAGGCCACGGGUCCAGCAACGUGGUGGACUGUAUGUGACUGGCACGCCGGCCGUCACCGACCCGGUCCCUGCCAAGGGGCAGCAAAGCCAGCCAGGAUUUUGAUACGACCCCCUUUGAAUUUUAAUGACAACCAGAGACUUAUGUAAAUGUAACUGUAGUAUUGUGACUGAGUGCCACUUUUUGAAUGACAGCUGGAGUUUUGAGUCCCGCUGUUAGGAGAACGACGGUGUGGGGAGGAAGACACUUGAACUUGGAACGAGGCCUGCUCUGGAGAAGGCGUUCAGAUAGUGCCAGAACCUGCAAGUCUCUGUUUGGCUGAAUCCAAAUGAAAUCUGUUGUUUUCCUUUUCCGGAGCAGAGGUUAGAGCCUGUGUGUGCACGUCCAGACACGGGAGACCCGCUCCUCUUCAAAGUCAGUUCUACUCGGUGCUGCUGACGUUACGUCUUGCUUUUAUUGUAGGUGAUGAUUUUCACUUUCUUGGGUACUUUCAGCAGUAGAAAAACUUUUUGUCUGAAUGCCCGUUGGCUGCGUUCUUGGAAGCUGACACAGGCCUUGACUUCAGUUUGCAUUGCUAGGGCACCAAAAAACUUGGCCGUGCUGAUUAUGUCUGAACAAAUCUACAGAUUGGUUUUGGGUUUUUUUUCCUAUCUCAUGCAAAAAGUGAGCCUGAGGAAAUACUAGAGAAGGCUUGGUGCUGCUGUCAUCCAGUGCCCGGAUGGGAGCCCCCGAGAAGGCGCCAAUUAUACGCUGCUCUGCGGAGGGAGCUCGGAGGCUGCCUUGAGCCUUCUUCUUUGACCUGUUUGAUCUUGAAUCCAGGAUUCAUCACCUUCCUAUUUUGUUAUUUGCCACCAUCCUGGUUUUUCUAACUGUACAUAGCUGGAUUUGUUACUUGGAAAUGAAUGCAUUUGUACCAAAACUCUUUCUUGACUGCUGACUGGUUAGUUCACGUCCAUCAGUAAUGAAACGUGUGUCGGUAAAGCCAGAGGGAGAUGGAAACCGCUCUUUUUGUUCCUCAUGUUUAAUACUCUCCAGUGUAUUUAUUGCAGUUUAAUUGAAAAUAUUUCUAUAAGUUAAUUUGAACCCCACGGUAUUGAUAAACCAACUGAUAUUACAGCCUUUCAUUGUUUUAACUAGCAUUAGAAGAUGACUAUUCAUUAUUUGUAUAUACUUCUAUAAAUAUUUAUUAAACAUAAAAGUACCCUACUUUCUGUUUGCUAUGCAGUUUGCAUCCUCCCGCAGGGCCUCGUCCGCACCCUAGAACCGGCCGGGCUCACUGCUGCACAGGGUUACCUGGGGCACGAGGAAGCUGGCCCGUUGGAGGCUCCCCGACCCGGCCCAGCCAGAGGUCACCGGCUGAUUGAAUGGGGCCUGGACUUGUCAGUGCGAGAGGGCAGAACGCCACAUGCCAAAAGCCAGCUGCCGGGCAUACCCACUGAAAAGAGAGGAAGACAUUCCGGAGGGCUCACGCUGGCAAAUGCAGUUCCGGAAGCAAAUUCCAAAGUUCUCAUGCUGUUUUUCCCUACUCUUGGCCUGUGGGCAAGUUCCUGAGUCAUUCCUGCUUCUGUCCCGGGGCUCGCUGGCCUAAGUGCGGCCAUGUUUAAGUUACCCCCAGAAGCGCUGUCUGGACCAGGCACAGCUGGCGAGUGCGGAGCGUAAGCUGUGAAACACGGCUUCCGCUGUUUGCACGUCUGAUGAAGUUCACGUGCUGUAGUGCGUGUCUGGCCGUGGUUACUAGUAUGCGUCAUGUUUAUUUUCAGGGGUCAGGGUCUGAUUGUUUGCUACGAUCGCUUAGGAUGUUUUUCGCCCUCACACGCGUCUGCCUACUGUGCGUAUAGGUGGGUGUGGGACAUUUCUCUCUCUGGCGUAUGGCGCAGUAGUCAGUCACCUAACAUCCUCCGUCUCUACCCGCGCCCCCCACAAAAUACGAGACGUGCGGAAGUAAAGCGAAACGGAGGGAACGCGCGGCUGUCUUCCGCAUUAUGUGCGCACGGCGGUAGGAAGAGAGAAAUAGCAGAGUUGGCGUGUUGCCUCUGUUGGACAGGAACACCUUGGAGACGGGAAGUGAGACUGGGGCUGAGAGGAGAUGCCGCUGAGAGGUGGUCAGAGAAGUGGUUCGUGAUAGCGCGCUGUGGCUUUGACCUCCGAGGUUAGCAGCACCUACCAGGAACGUGACGCGAGGUACAGCUGAAAUAAGAAAUGCAGAAUAAACGGGAACUGUACACAUUCAUAUCCUCUCUUUCUUUUUCCUUUUGAGCUGGGUCUUGCCCUGUUGCCCAGGCAAUCCUCAAACUCCUGAGCUCAGGUGAUCCUUCUGCCUCAGCCUCUGGGCCACGGAACCGGGCCUUGUGUCUUAUUUUCUUCAAGAGAUAUUUCUAGAUUCUUCGUGUAACUCUCUGAUUUAGUCAUUAAAGCUACUGCUGUACUGUGUUGCACUGCCACUUUAAAAUAAUUUCACUAUACUCCUGUGUAACUAAUUGGUGAUAUUUAAAGUGUUUGAAUAAACUUUGUGCUCCAGGAACUGCUACGGCAGUCCCAAAUGAACUGUGUAUAAUGCCCCCAAAUGCCUGCCCAAGAGAUUGUUGAUACUGUAUAAAGCACUUUUUAAAAUGGUACACUGGAGAAUUUUCCUUGUUGGUUUUUUUCUCUAAGAGAAAAUACAUUGGAAUCUAAAUCA